AGAGAGAGAGAGAGAGAGGAGAGAGAGAGAGAGAGAGAGGAGAGAGAGAGAGAGAGAGAGGGAGAGGGAGAAGUGGGUUGCUCAUGUCUUCCAGUUCCCCGCUGCUCUCCUCUGUCCGCGCUGAUGGAGGGAGGCUGAUCUGAAGGCUGGAGAGAUGGAGAGAUGGAGAAAUGGAGAGAUGGACUGAUGGAGGGAUGAAGUGAUCCGAUGUAAACCGUCCUCUGCCUCGUUCUUCGUUUCCUCUCCUUUUCUCACGUGUUCCGCUCCGCGUCCCGCAGCUGCUCCAUGCCCGAGGACUCCGGAGCGGAGUUGAUCUGCAGAAGCGCGUCGGGCUCCUUCGUCUCACUUCCCCUCGGACUCCAGAUGAUGGCUGAUUUUAGAGCAAGCUGUGUUUGAAGGAGACGCACCUGUCCUGAGGAUCCUGUGUUGGAGUCAGCAUGGCAACUGGAGUAGCAGCAUGGCUCCCUUUUGCCCGGGCAGCUGCCAUCGGCUGGAUGCCAGUGGCAAAUUGCCCCAUGCCCCCUGCUCCCAGGGAACACAGCAAGAAGCAGGACGAGCUCAUCAUUCUGAACGUCAGCGGGCGCCGCUUUCAAACGUGGAGGACCACACUGGACCGUUAUCCGGACACCCUGCUCGGCAGCACUGAGAAAGAAUUCUUUUACAACGAGGAAACAAAAGAGUACUUCUUCGACCGGGAUCCGGAUGCAUUCCGCAGCGUCCUCAACUUUUACCGCACGGGCAAGCUGCACUACCCGAGGUACGAGUGCAUCUCGGCCUUCGACGAGGAGCUGGCUUUCUUCGGCAUCAUCCCGGAAAUCAUCGGCGACUGCUGCUACGAAGAAUACAAAGAUCGCAAGCGGGAGAAUGCGGAGCGCCUCAUGGAUGACCAGGAGGAGAACAAAGACAGUAAACUGCCCAACAUGAACUUCCGGGAGACCAUGUGGAGGGCCUUCGAGAACCCCCACACAAGCACCAUGGCCCUGGUGUUCUACUACGUGACUGGCUUCUUCAUCGCGGUUUCCGUCAUCACCAACGUGGUUGAGACAGUUCCUUGUGGUUCCACGCCCAACCAGAAGGACGUGCCCUGCGGAGAACGUUACACCGUAGCCUUCUUCUGCAUGGACACCGCCUGUGUCAUGAUCUUCACUGUGGAGUAUCUCCUGCGGCUGUUCGCGGCGCCCAGCCGCUACCGCUUCAUGCGGAGUGUGAUGAGCAUCAUCGAUGUGGUGGCCAUCCUGCCCUACUACAUCGGCCUGGUCAUGACCAACAACGAGGACGUGAGCGGCGCCUUCGUCACCUUGCGUGUCUUCCGUGUUUUCCGCAUCUUCAAAUUCUCGCGCCACUCGCAAGGCCUUCGCAUCCUGGGAUACACGCUGAAGAGCUGCGCUUCGGAGCUGGGCUUCCUCCUCUUUUCCCUCACAAUGGCCAUCAUCAUCUUUGCCACAGUCAUGUUCUACGCGGAGAAGGGGUCGAGCUCUAGCAAGUUCACUAGCAUUCCCGCCUCUUUCUGGUACACCAUUGUUACAAUGACCACGCUGGGUUAUGGAGACAUGGUGCCUAAGACGAUCGCGGGGAAGAUUUUCGGCUCCAUCUGCUCCCUGAGCGGGGUGCUGGUAAUAGCCUUGCCUGUGCCUGUCAUCGUGUCCAACUUUAGCCGAAUCUAUCACCAGAACCAGAGAGCAGACAAGCGGCGUGCUCAGAAGGUACAGAAAGCCCGCCUGGCCCGGAUAAGAAUAGCCAAGAAGGGCAGCUCCAACGCCUACCUGCAGAGCAAACGCAAUGGCCUCCUGAACGAGCUUCUGGAUCUGACGGGUUCAGAGGAGGAGGAGCAGCACAUGAACAAAACCUCAUCGCUGUUGGAGAGCCAACACCACCACCUACUGCACUGCCUGGAGAAAACUACUGCUCAUGAAUUUGUGGAUGAGCAGCUGUUCGAGCAGAAUUGCAUAGAGGGGGCACAGUUUUCUCGCAGCCCAUCUCUGUCCAGUCAGGAGGGCUUCACAGGCACCUGCUGCACCCACCGUUCUCGCAAAAGGAUCCCUCUGCCCAACGCCAGCCUGUCCACCACACACACGCACACACACACGCAGGGCCUGCAGGAGCUCAGCGCCAUCCACAUCCAGUGUGGAGACCAGCCCAGCCUCAGCACAAGCAGUCGCUCCAGUCUCAACAUGAAGUCCAGCGAGAGGAGCCGGAUUAACUGCAGGGGGCAGCAGAUUACCACAGCUGUCAUUAGCCUGCCGUCACCCACCAACUUCCCACCGGACGGAGACGGCCACAGUCCGGCUAACCCCAUCCCUGCCCCUCCCACCAUCAACACCACCACCAGCUCUAACAUCGUCAAGGUGUCGGCCCUGUGACCCGCACACCACCCCCCGCAACCAAUCCCCUACCACCACGAGAAGGAAGGACCGUGGAAGAGCCAGCAGAGCCAUGAGCCUGUAGCUGAACGUCUGGUGGACAUCAUGGAAUUAAAACAUGGACAGAACAUUGAAGCUGCAGAUUCUGACUGAUGCCUGGACCUGGAAGAAAACGGCUGGAUUUCAGCCUGUGUGUUUCAGAGGCUUCCAGACAUUGUUGUUCUUCAGACUUGAUAGAUGUUGGCCGGUGGAUGUUCAUGCAGAUGUUUUGGGACUGAAGGAUAAAGAUCGCUGUUUAAAGGCGAGGAGGCUGAAGGCGAUUAGUGUAAAAUGUUUUGUUUCAGUUUGGUCAUCUGUCAUCGAUCAUGAUAGGCGCACAGUACAUAAUGGAAAUCAACGUGGUUCAAUAUUGUGUGAUAUUCACAAGUCCCAGUGGAAUCUGUCAGAAGUAUGGUAAUGUAAACAGUGCAUUUGGGCAAGAUUAUAUUGUUCUUUAAUACACUGCAGGCAAACAUAGCUUUGCAGAGAGAGGCCAGCUGUUCACAUUAGUCUAGAAGGGUGUUUGAGUUUUAUUACUGCUUCUUUUGAGUAGAAAUACGUGCUCUACGUUUCAAUACUGUUUUUAAUGUACCCUCAACAAAUUCACCUCACGACUCCAAAGUGCGUAUCACCUGCGUUACAGAAGUGGCCAUAAGCAUGGUGCAAAAUACACUAGGACCUCCUAAUUGUCUCAAAAUCUAAAUUCUGGGAGGGUCCUUGAAAAUAAACCUGUUAUAAUGUUUUGCUGUGUGUUAAGGAAAAAUAGGUCGCUCAGAUGUAAAUUCAGGGAAAGAUCAUUGUUUAGCUGUUAAACAAUAACUAGAGAUGCAGCACUGUUCUGCCUCAGGGUGGCACUAUAGCAAAUUAGUCCACCCAGUUGGUCCUUCAUAGCCUAGCAACUGUAACUAUACACAGUUGCAAUAUGCCAUAGCAUAUUAGUGUCUGAAAACUUGCCAAUCAUCCAAAGAAACUUGAGGAAAGAGUGAAUUGUUAGUCAUUUAUCAACCCAAAGACAAAAGAGAAGAUAUAUAAGAUCCACUGCACUGGCCACAAGAAUGAAAUGCUAAUUUUUCAACAGGACUGUACUUUCCCUUGGUUAGGCUCACCUCAGUGAGCUAAUUACUGAGCUAAACAAACGUAUAUAAAGUAAAAUCAGUUUCCUGACGUCGUAAAGUAUCACAUACAUUCUGUCUGUUUAAUUUGACUGAUUAAUCAAGCUGUUAAUUUAUGAAGCAGCUGAGAAAAGCAGUAAAGAAAAGCUGACAAGUUAGCCAACUGAUAAACCAUUGUUUACUGUUAAAAAUCAAAUGAAAUUACAUUUUUUAGCAAACACAGUAACGCAGAUACAGGUUAGCUUACCUUAGAGCCUGCGUUAAUCUGCCUUAACUUGUAGUUUUGACGCUGAGCUGCGAGCGUGGUCUUCCACAUAGGAAUUAAAUAAAAACAGCACCCCCUACAGGUGAUGAUGACAGCAUGUGUCAGGUCUGUUAUAUGUAGUAAUACCUUUCUACCAUUUCUUAGCCUGUUGAGACUAAUUUACUGCCACCGCCAUUCGUACUACAGACUGUUCUGUUGAAGUUUUUUCUUCACUCAGUGGAGGAGGUAGCAUUUAGGGAUGAUUGUGAUUCGCUGAGAGGUGUGUCAAUCAAUUUUUCAAAUGGUCAGCUGCAAAGCCCACUGAUGUUAUAUCAUUCUGUAGUGGGUCACGUCCAUAUUUCUCUAUAAGACGGUACAGCGUGUGGCCCUGUGGAAGUUUAUCCUCUGAACCUCGACAGAUCCUCUGAAUUAUGAGGACGUUGCAGCUCUAAAGUACAUCUAUUGCUCUGUGCAAGCAAAAACAGCAGCAACACUGCUGCUCAAUACCUUAACAUUGUAAAUAGGAACGCAUCGAUUCUGGUCCUAGUAUUGGGUCAAUAUGGUGCCAAUUUACUCACACUUGUAAAAAUUCAAGAAUACCAACAUUCCGAUUCCCGCUGGUACCGUGUGACGUAACUGACGGUGUUACCUGCUCUGCAACAGUCGAACACAAAGCCAUCGGUCACUUCAAACAUUCUGCUUUGGAAUAUUUCCACCAGGAAUACAUUGUGUGUGUUUAAAAAUGGUCUGAAAUCACAAUCACAACCACUUCCCCAGUUCGGGGGAAGACAUGUAGGCUAGAAAAACGGAGGUGAAACAAAGUCGACGUUUCGUACCCAAGUCCAUAUAUGCGACUUCACUCUUUUCACGUUUUUUCUCAGAAUAGCAAGGUAUAAACAUUAAUGUGGUAAUUUAUUAAACUGUGUUUUUAA